CUUCUUCAUGUCACUGACAGUUUAACUUCAAAAUGUGGAUCGGCUAGAAGGACACAUGUGUGGAAAUGAAAGACAGUCGGCGACAUAAAAGCACGAGGAAGUGGUUUUCGGGAAUGAGGAGUUGUAAUACUUCAAAAUGUGUGACAAUAUCAACGGCAGUUUGCUUGUGUCUGUCAGUGCUUGUCACCCUGUUGGUGGCAUAUAAUCCAUACCCAUGUCAUGCAUCUUGUAAAAUCACAUGGAAAUUUACAAAUAGCUGCUACCCAGUAUUAGAGGCUAUUAAGGUCCAGAUAAGGAAAUGGGAAGGACCAGCCAACUGCAAGGAUGGUGGGCAAAGGUGCCUCUAUCAGCUUGUAAGAGAAACCAACAGUAGUCUAAUAGCUACGCACAUGACACCUGUGAAGCAUUAUAUGGAUGAUUUGACAUUCAGUUUCACAAAUUCAGCAGACAACUCUGAAUGCACUGUUGAGGGUUUUUCUACCUCCCAAAUUUGGUACGCUGUGUUAGAUUAUGGAACAAACUACUGCAAUCUCCACAAUCUGGUCACAGGUGCAGGUUUGGAUGCCACCCCAGGAUACAGUGAGAUGACAAGGGAUGCCCAGUGUACCCAGUACACCAGUGCUGACUGUGACAGAUACUGAAAACUUUCUUAUUAGAACCACCCCCCCCCCCA